UUCGGAUGCCGGUAGUUGCUGUAUCACAACAAGCUGCUUAAAGAGUGUUAAACAGAAAGUUUUAACAAGUUUGAUUAAAGGAACCAAGUUUAUUUCUGAUAUUGAAAAGAAAACAUGAAUUCAGGAAGGGGCGGUAGUCGAUUUUCGGGUUUUAGUGUGGGCCCAAGACCUAGAGCGAAUCUGAACAAAGCUGAUGGCAGCCUUCAUGCAGUUCCCCCGCCACCGUCAAUGACGAGACUGGGCAAUCCGAACACCAUACCUCUUGCCACACGAUUUUCGCGGCCUGGCGUUCCAAGUAGCACCUCAGCCAGUUAUAAUAGAUUUCAUCCUCAACCUGGAGCUGGCCGUAUUGAUGUUGAGCUUAUACCGCCUGUGUCAGUUAGUAAACAAGGUUAUAGCACGCUUAAUGCAAUUAGCCAAGGUGCAAUUAACACCACAUAUGGUGUGCCUACCAAUAGGCCCAAAACUGAAGACGAUUACUUUGAUGAAGAUGAUGAUGAACCCCCAUCAAAUGAACCCCUGUAUCAACCAGGACCUGAUUCACCAACCUUUACAGGAAAUGCUGAGUCUGAUGAUGAAGAAGACCCAUUGGAUGCCUUUAUGAAUGAUCUCAACAAAAAAGUUAAAAAAGAAGAAGUAAAAAUUCCUUUAAAAGAAGAAUCAAGUGGAAAAGGCAAAGGCAAAGCCUUACGGCAUGAUAUUGAAGAAGAAGACGAUGAAGAAUCAUACUAUCGCUAUAUUAAAGAAAAUCCACUAGCUGGGUUGCAAGCAGAUGACUCAGACUCAGAGCAAAUUGAAUAUGAUGAGGAUGGAAUUCCAAUAAAACUUGGAAAAAAACACAUUGAUCCUCUUCCACCGAUCGACCAUUCUGCUAUUACAUACCUUCCGUUUGAAAAAAAUUUCUACGAAGAGCAUGAGGAGAUAAAGAACCUGCCACUUAACCAGUCUAAUGAACUGAGAGAAACACUGGGCCUGAAAGUGUCUGGAAUCUCAAUCCCGAAACCAGUAUGCAGUUUCGCCCACUUUAAUUUCGAUGAAAAAUUGCUUAACGUGAUUCGUAAGUCCGAGUUCACAAAUCCUACUCCUAUCCAGUCUCAAGCAAUACCAGCUGCGCUGUCAGGCCGAGACGUUAUUGGUAUAGCUCAGACUGGAAGUGGAAAAACGGCCGCUUUUCUCUGGCCGAUGAUAGUCCAUAUAUUGGAUCAAUCCGUUCUAAAACAAGGCGAUGGACCUAUCGGUGUUAUAUUAGCACCUACGCGAGAACUCAGUCAACAAAUCUACACCGAAGCAAAAAAGUUUUGCAAAGUUUUCGGCAUCAGUGUUGUUUGCUGUUAUGGUGGUGGAUCCAAAUGGGAGCAAUCGAAAGAUUUGGAACAAGGUGCCGAAAUUGUAGUUGCCACUCCUGGUCGAAUGAUUGAUCUGGUUAAGAUAAAAGCCACAAACUUGCAGCGAGUUACCUUUUUGGUCUUGGAUGAAGCAGACCGAAUGUUUGAUAUGGGGUUUGAGCCCCAAGUGCGAUCUAUUUGCAAUCAUGUUCGUCCGGAACGACAAACCCUUCUUUUUAGCGCAACAUUCAAAAAAAGAAUAGAAAAACUUGCCCGUGAUGUGCUGUCUGAUCCAAUUCGAAUCGUUCAGGGUGAUGUUGGUGAGGCGAAUCAAGACGUUACGCAAGUAAUUGAAGUUAUAGCUCCUACUGCUAAGUACAGCUGGCUCAUUGUACGCCUAGUAGAGUUUAUGGCUUCGGGAUCCGUGCUCAUUUUCGUGACAAAAAAGGCGAAUGCUGAAGAACUCUGUGCCAGCCUUAAAUCCAGAGAACUGUCUGUCGCCCUACUACAUGGUGACAUGGAUCAGAUAGAUCGUAACCAAGUCAUUAGCGCUUUCAAAAAGAAAGAGAUGGACAUUCUCGUAGCCACAGACGUGGCUGCUCGUGGUCUCGAUAUUCCUCACAUACGAACCGUCGUUAACUACGACAUCGCCCGAGAUAUUGAUACACACACUCACCGAAUCGGAAGGACAGGUCGCGCUGGUGAAAAAGGCAUGGCCUACACCUUAGUGACUCCCGCAGACAAAGAAUUCGCUGGGCAUUUAGUUAGAAAUUUGGAAGGAGCAAGUCAAGUAGUACCGGAGCCGUUGAUGGAUCUUGCCAUGCAGAGUGCAUGGUUCCGCAAAUCGCGUUUCAAGGGCGGCCAAGGACGGAAGCCUAAUGUCGGUGGACGGGGAUUGGGAUACUCGGAUAAAACGUCCACCGCUGCCAACAGAACACUCACUGGUGCCAAUGCAAUUAAACCGGUUUUCCAAAGUGGACCGAUUUCCUUUUCUAAACCUACUCAAGGACCAGCUGUCGCAGCAGGACCCAGUGGUGGUCGUUUGGCUGCAAUGAAGGCCGCUUUUCAAUCUCAAUAUAAACAACAGUUCUGCAGCAGCUCUGAUAGUAAACCACCUCAACCUUUGGCUUCCGAUUCAAGUUCAGCCGAAGGUAGUGGACAACGGCCCGUGAAGAAAAAGAGCAGAUGGGACGAUUGAAAGUAACAAAAAUACUGGCUGUUUCAUAAAUCUUCGCGAUCGUGUAAAAUAAACAAUGCGACACCAUUCGGA